CAAUUGCGCAUCCACUCGUGCAUCAAACAGCUCGCGUCGCAACCGCAAUUAUAUCAAUCGCCUGGAAUCCCAUCCCGGCCCGCCCGAUUUUAGCUUUUGGUCCCACAACAAGUGCCGUCGAUCUCAGCAUCGCAACCGUAUAGUCGGAUCAACUGAUACUUUGACUUUCAUUCAUUGAUCUGCUCACUCCUCUACCAUUGGUGCAGGUUUCUACUCAAGGGCCGCGCGCCCACGCCUCCGACUCGAGUGCUUUCCAUUCGGCAUUUCUUUGUUCGCUCGAAUAGGUGGCAAGAUUGUACUGGACUAAUCUAAACUAUACAUUCAGCUGCUCCUCUCGCUAUUUUAUCAAUAACCUUCACGACCCGCUCCGACAUGGCAAUGUCUUGGGCCUUCCUGGCCAUCCUCGGCCUUGCAGCGCUGUUGACCACAGUGGCUGUGUUUGUCCUAGAAAUUGCAAACGCGCAAACACCACGAAGCAUACCGAAUGUGCAGACCGCUGCGGCGGUGGCAACCGCCUUCGAAGGGUUGGUGCUGCUGGCAAUUCUACUUCUCGUCUUCAUGUCCUUUAGACACUCUACAUACUAUGGCUCCAACAAGCUUGGCGCAGUCUGGUUCCCCCUUUGCCUGGUAACGGUUUCCCUCGCAACAGUUGCAUCCAUUGUGGUUCUGGUUAUAUUGGGCAAGGAGAACGAGAAUGCGAAAAUACUUGGUGGGGAGGAGAUGCCUUACCUGAUCGGAACAUCGAUUGCUCUGGGCUUUGCGUUUACCCUGCAACUCGCAUUCGUUGUUAUCUACUUCGUCGGGAGUCGACUGGGCGGCAGGAACGAGAACGGUUCGCAGCACCCUGAAGUCGGUCGACUCGCGCCUCAGAUGCGCAUGAAAUCGGUACCCUACGCCCAGACUGCGGCCAGCAGUGCGGAACCCAAGGGAACGCCCUCGUUUGACUUGGAGAGCCCUCCCGGCACCAGCAGUGGCCGUUCCAUGGCCGAGACUAUGAGCUCGAUUCGCAGCUCACUUUCCCACGCGGUUCGGCCGAUGGACAGCAGAACCCGGCUCCUCCCUGCAAGGUCAACGCAGUCGAUCAGGUCGAUAGCAUCGAGGGGAAGGCGUCAGCCAUCAUUUGAGUCUUUCCCGGACGUCGAAGAAGGCUUCGACUCCUGGGACACGUCAUCCGUCGAUAUUCAAACCCGUCAGAUAAUCGACACUUCGUCCCCUCCCGGAACUCGUUUUCUUGGUGCCUUGGAGACCAUUCCAGCGAGCCCCACUGUGAGCAGGAGUCCCUCGCCUGGGACGCCCCUAGAUCUAGAGCCUCCGAAGCGUGCCGCGCGCAGAAGUCGCAGCUAUUCGCCGGUUCCACGCCCCCCUCCGGCAUUGGAUUCCAACGGUUCCACUAGUGAUCUUCACAUCCACCCGCUCUUCCGCGCAGACAGCCCGACACCGCCACCAGCCGCGACACUAGGAACAGUCAUCGUGGCGGCGCCUGAUGCAGCCCGUACUCUCUCGACCAAGACACUCCAUCGCAUGCGAAGCGGCAGUCUUCCAGCCUCGUCGAGUCCUUUGAGCCGACAAUCCAGCUACAACAGCAUGAAAGGUGAAUCACCCACGCCGGGCAGUGGUUACGUCACACCUACACCGAUAGAUCCCAUCGAGGAGAGGGAAAUGACACCUCCGCUCCCUGAAUGGAUCCUGAACGCAGGUGCGCGUUCAAGCCUUACAGAGUACCAGUCGAGGAAGCUGCGAGAUCUCGACCGAGAAAGUAAGGUGGACAGCGGUCUCGGCAUCUUGCCUUGAUUCGCCGUAACCACGUAAUUCUUCUUUUUUUCUUUCUUUUAUGACACUCAUGAUCCACGAUGGCUGCCAUGACAUAGGAGCUGUAUUGCUAGA